AGCUUCCAGUCUGAAGCAGGGUACCUUCUAGUUAGUUGUACGUUCGAAACCUGUCGCCGUCACUCGCAAUUUUGGCAUCUUCCAUUGUCACCACAGAGGAACCAGCUCUGGGAGAUAUCCUUAGCCGCAAUCUCGGCGCGGAGGCGUUGAGCAGCUACCGCGCAGGGUGCGUCUCGGUCCUGGUAGUCCAGCAGCGGCGAGGCGGCUGCUCCAGGGCUGCCGCGUGUCCACCCAGCUCCGGGACCAAGUUGGCAGUUCUCAACGAUGGGCAGGAGGGACCUCGGCGGCGACCCCUAAAACAAUACCAUGCCCCGGGAUCCCCGCUGUUGUCGCGCCAGCUUCUUCCCUUUCCACCUCCCUGACCCUGUCGGAUUUGGAUGAGCCCAUUGCAAGGAGACGCGCCGCCAGAGAUGAUGGGAUCAUUUACCUCGAUUAAUUUCUAGGAAGAGCAUGGUUUACUCUUCUCCCGGCAGAUUGCACAUUGAGCUAAACCAAGAAGUUCAUAGGCUGAUCAACACUGACCUGACCUACAAUAGAAGAAGGGAGUUCUGCGUGCCCAGCUGGGUCCCUGUUGACCACUGAUAACUUGGCUUCAUUCAUUGCCCGUGUGGAAAAUUCUCUCUAUUGAAUAUAUAUAUAUAUAUAUAUAUAUUUUUUUUUUUUUUUGGCACAUGGAGGACAAUAACAAGGAGAGCAAUACAGGCUGAUAAGACCAGAGACCACAGGAAGAUUCUUUACCGUGGGCCUUCGGGACUUUUCCUCUAGUUGGAGUUCUGGACUUUGACAGAACCUCAUCCAGUCAUUUUGGUUUUGCUAUCUAUUUUUUUUUCUUUUUUCUUUUCCACACCACAUUGUAUUUUCUUUCUGUACAUCAGAAAUGGGCCUACAGACCACACAGUGGCCCAGCCAUGGGGCUUUUUUCCUGAAAUCUUGGCUUGUCAUUUCCCUGGGGCUCUACUCACAAGUGUCCAAACUCCUGGCUUGCCCCAGCGUGUGUCGCUGCGACAAGAACUUUGUCUACUGUAACGAGCGAAGCUUGACCUCAGUGCCUCUUGGGAUCCCGGAGGGCGUAACCGUACUCUACCUCCACAACAACCAAAUUAAUAAUGCUGGAUUUCCUGCAGAACUGCACAACGUACAGUCGGUGCACACGGUCUACCUUUACGGCAACCAACUGGAUGAGUUCCCCAUGAACCUUCCCAAGAACGUCCGAGUUCUCCAUUUGCAGGAAAACAAUAUUCAGACCAUUUCACGAGCAGCCCUGGCCCAGCUCUUGAAGCUCGAGGAGCUACACCUGGAUGACAAUUCUAUAUCCACAGUGGGGGUGGAAGACGGGGCCUUCCGGGAGGCUAUUAGCCUCAAGUUGUUGUUUCUAUCCAAGAAUCACCUGAGCAGUGUGCCUGUUGGGCUUCCUGUGGACUUGCAAGAACUGAGAGUGGAUGAAAAUAGAAUUGCUGUCAUAUCAGACAUGGCCUUUCAGAACCUCACGAGCUUGGAGCGUCUGAUUGUGGACGGGAACCUCCUGACCAACAAGGGCAUUGCUGAGGGCACCUUCAGCCAUCUUACCAAGCUCAAGGAAUUUUCAAUCGUGAGGAAUUCACUCUCCCACCCCCCACCUGACCUCCCAGGUACGCAUCUGAUCCGCCUCUGUCUGCAGGACAACCAGAUCAACCACAUCCCUUUGACGGCCUUCUCAAAUCUCCGUAAGCUGGAACGGCUGGAUAUAUCCAACAACCAACUGCGCAUGUUGACGCAAGGGGUCUUCGAUAAUCUCUCCAACCUAAAGCAGCUCACUGCUCGGAAUAACCCUUGGUUUUGUGACUGCAGUAUUAAGUGGGUCACAGAAUGGCUCAAAUACAUCCCUUCAUCUCUCAACGUGCGAGGUUUCAUGUGCCAAGGUCCUGAACAAGUCCGGGGGAUGGCUGUCAGGGAGUUGAAUAUGAAUCUUUUGUCAUGUCCCACCACGACCCCUGGCCUGCCUCUCUUCACCCCAGCCCCAAGUACAGCUUCUCCAACAUCUCAGCCUCCCACACUCUCUGUCCCAACCCCUAGCAGAAGCUAUCCGCCUCCAACGCCUACCACCUCGAAACUUCCCACGAUUCCUGACUGGGAUGGUAGAGAGAGAGUGACCCCACCUAUUUCCGAACGGAUCCAAUUGUCUAUCCAUUUUGUGAAUGACACGUCCAUUCAAGUCAGUUGGCUCUCUCUUUUUACUGUGAUGGCAUACAAACUCACAUGGGUGAAAAUGGGCCACAGUUUAGUAGGGGGCAUCGUUCAGGAACGCAUACUCAGUGGUGAGAAGCAACAUUUGAGCCUGGUCAAUUUGGAGCCCAGAUCCACCUAUCGAAUUUGUUUAGUGCCACUGGAUGCUUUUAACUACCGAGCUGUAGAAGAUACCAUUUGUUCUGAGGCCACCACCCAUGCCUCCUAUUUGAACAAUGGCAGCAACACGGCUUCCAGCCACGAGCAGACGACUUCCCACAGCAUGGGCUCCCCCUUUCUGCUGGCGGGCCUGAUCGGGGGUGCAGUGAUAUUUGUGCUCGUGGUCUUGCUCAGCGUCUUUUGCUGGCACAUGCACAAAAAGGGGCGCUACACCUCCCAGAAGUGGAAAUACAACCGAGGCCGGCGGAAAGAUGACUACUGCGAGGCAGGCACGAAGAAGGACAAUUCCAUCCUGGAGAUGACAGAAACCAGCUUUCAGAUCGUCUCUUUAAAUAACGAUCAGCUCCUUAAAGGAGAUUUCAGACUGCAGCCCAUUUACACCCCGAACGGGGGCAUUAAUUACACAGACUGCCAUAUCCCCAAUAACAUGCGAUACUGCAACAGCAGUGUGCCAGACCUGGAGCACUGCCAUACGUGACAGCCCGAGGUCCAGCGUUGUCAAGGUGGACAGUAACACUCUGGAGAACACACACGUGUGUGCACGUAAAGACACGCAAAUUACAUUUGAUAAAUGUUACACAGAUGCAUUUGUGCAUUUGAAUACUCUGUAAUUUAUACGGUGUACUAUAUAAUGGGAUUUAAAAAAAGUGCUAUCUUUUCUAUUUCAAGUUAAUUACAAACAGUUUUGUAACUCUUUGCUUUUUAAAUCUUAAAAAAAAAAUAGUUGCUGAAGUACUGUACAGGGUUGUACAAAGAGAACCCAACGCCAAGGCAAAAGAACGAGUGAUUCUUCCUUAUGAUGCCCACUAACCACUUUGCUGUCGAAGCUGUCAGAAAAAAUUCCUUUCCUAGAGCUGGUAGUAAGUUGAGAGGGCGGAUUAAAAUGGACUCAUCAAGGUAGGAUAAAUAAUAGGGUUCAAACAAGAAAUGGCCCAGAUAUCUUCAUGCUAUUUCUAUACUUCCUGAUCUGGAAGAAAAGUUAAAAAUUCCAAAAUAUAAGAAAGGAGGUAGUUUACCCUGACUUGACCCAAAACAGGAAAUGGAGAAAGCAUCACAAGGAAGUCAGUUCCUGUGAGAUAAAUUAACCCAACCUGACAGAAUCAAGAAAAUGGCAUGAGCUUUGAAAAGACCCUUAAACCUGGGUGUUGGCUUUCCGACUGGGAACUUAAAAAUCAUUCCUCAUGUUUCCCCAGCCCUAUGUGAUAACAGAGUUAGAAAUGUGGGUCUGAUUUUAGUCAUCUUCCGGGACAGGAAUGAUGUCCCAGCAAGAAAACUCCCUUUAAAAGCGUUACUGUUCAAAGUAUAUGUCAGGUUGAAUCACCUUCAACAGAGAUAUAUUCUAGAAUACUUUUUUUUAGAAGAGGCUAAUAAAAUAAUGGGAAGAUUAUAUUGAAUGGAAUUAUUUUUGAUAAUGAGAAUUAUUUGGGUAGCUUCAUUGCAGCUAUGUCAACAUGAUGUUUAGACCGACAAGGGAUUAAUGUUUGCAAUAUACUAAAACCACUUAUUAUUUAAAAAUUAUUGAUACCAUUUAGACAAAAGCAAGUGAUCAGUGGUUCUACUAUACUAUGUCAACUGCCUUUGUUAGUAUCAUGUUGAAAUAGCUUGAAUUAAUACCUUUAUUCCCUCGCAAAUUCUUGUCUUCCAAUCACCUCACAUAUAUUUUCAUAAUUAGCUGUGUUAUGCUUCAUUUGUUUUUUCUCCCCCCUUCUGCUCAAAAUUUGAAAGAAAAUUACAGAUGCCAGUCUUGGUUGCACAAAAUACCUAUCUACAUUUACAUACUUUAAAAUGUAUACUAAUUUUCACUGGUAAUAAUCCUGUAAGGACACAUCAAAGCUGGCCGAAAUAAUGUUUUUGUUUGUUUGUUUGUUUGUUUUAAGAGCAAUAUUGAGUUUCCACCUUGGACUGACUUUGAUCCUGUCCUAAUUUUGAAAUUUCAUUUAUUCCUUUUCAAUCUUGGAUGUUCCUUUUCUUUGGGAAUUGUGGAGGGAUCAUUGAUCUUAUAAUAACAGGAUACCAGAUGAAAAAUGACCAAGUGAGAGAGCCAGGGUUUGUUGCCCUCGUCUUGGCAGAGUGGACACAGAGCAAAGGGCAGAGAGAAGAGAGGGAAGUCCCUGCUUUAUUCCAAAUAUUUUUGAAGCAAUGCCAAUCUUCGGAAAGCAUAUAUAAUUUAUUCCUUUUCAUCCCUGAGAUGUAGAAGGGCUAUAGAUUACAUACAUUAUCUAAAAAAGACACCCUUGAAUUCUUUUCAACAUCAAAUUUAGACAUUUCACUCUGUGUUGCCUAUUUCCUUUACCAUUGGACAUUAUUUUAGGGGCUCAUGAAGUUAAUGUCACAGUCGUUUUGUUCUCUCUCUCUCUCUCUCUCUC